AUGGUUCAAUAUAAUUCGGAAAAUACUCGCCGCAAAAGACGUUCAUCUAAUAGUAAAGGCAAAUUAUUAAGAGAAUUAUUGAAAGCUAUAUUUGGUGAUGAGGCAGUCAAAAAGUUAGAUACCCUAAUUGGUUAUUUAGCAAUUGGAUUUUUGUAUCUUAUCUAUAUUGCUGGCCCUAUUUAUGAAUACAUAUAUAGAAUUCACUGCACUUUUCCUGAUUUGACUUGGUUUAGAAAUCUUCGGCCAUUUGGGCGAGGAAAUGGACAGAAUAAUGGGGGAAAUAAUGGUGGAAAUAACGGGGGAAAUCAAGUCGUCGUACAACAACCGCAAAUACAACCACAACCAGUACAGCCAAUGCUUCCGCAAAUGCACCCAAAUUUAGUUCACCAUAUCCGACCACAAGUACCACCACAAAUACUGCCUCCACAGAUACGACCAAAUUUACAACAACAGAUGGGGCCACAUUUUAAUCCACAAAUACAACCUCAAAACAUUAUUCACAACCCUCAUCCACAUCAACGUCCUCCAAUACCGUGGUUUCAGCAGGCCAAUUCAUUUACCAAUAUUAGUUAUACAAGUAUGCCGUCUUCUUCUGAUCCAAUGUCUUUUUAUAAUCGAAGCUACAAUCCACAACCAGGACAACCAUCUGGCUAUCAGCCACAUAUACUAUUAGAAGAUUCUGAUGAUGAAAGAUCGUAA